AUGAUGGGACUAUUCAACCAGGCCGCUCAGAAGGUCUACAAGCCACGCGGCUCUUCAGAGGACGACAAGGCUCCCGAGGACACUGAGCCGGACGAUACAUCGAUCUUGGACGAGAAUGAGGGCUCCAUCAUCGCAUCUCUCAUUUCCCAACUACGAGUCGGCAUGGAUCUCCACAAGGUCACCUUCCCAACAUUCGUCCUCGAGCCCCGAAGCAUGCUCGAGCGCAUCACCGACUUCAUGUCCCACCCAGAUCUCCUCUUCGGGCAAGUGCUCCCCAACUGCGACGAUCCCGAGGAGCGGUUUAUCCGCGUCCUGCAGUACUACCUUGCGGGUUGGCAUAUCAAGCCCAAGGGUGUGAAGAAGCCAUAUAACCCCGUCCUCGGUGAAUUCUUCCGCUGCCGAUACGACUAUCCCGAUGGCUCGCGGGGCUUCUACAUCGCAGAGCAAGUGUCGCACCAUCCACCCGUGUCCGCGUUCUACUACGUAUCGCCCGCGAACAAGGUCGCCGUCAUCGGUGAACUGCGGCCAAAGUCCAAGUUCCUCGGGAACAGCGUCUCGACGACGAUGGAGGGCGAGAACCGCGUGUAUCUCCUUGGGCGCCCAGAUGACAAGGAAUACGUAGUGUCGAUGCCCAAUAUGUACGCGCGCGGCAUCCUGUGGGGCAAGAUGUUCCUCGAGCUCGGCGACUCGUGCAUGGCGAAGAACGAACAGACGGGGCAUUACGCUGACAUUCAAUUCAAGACCAAAGGCUACUUCUCGGGCACGUACAACGCGAUUGCGGGAAAAAUACGCCGCGGCAACACCGAGACGGGCGAGGUUUCGGGCAAGUGGAGCGCGCUCAUGGAGUACAAGAGCUCAAAGCCUUGCGCGCGCGUACAGGGAGAGAAGCGCGUGCUGUUUGACGCAGCGAAAGACGGGCAGAACAUUGCGCCGAAAUGGGUUGCACCGGAAGAUGAGCAAGAGCCGGAUGAGUCCCGCCGGAUGUGGUCGAAGCUGACGCGGGCGAUCGUGGCGAAGGACAUGGACGCGGCGACGGAGGCGAAGACGGCGGUCGAGGAGUCGCAGCGCGAGGCGCGGCGGCGCAUGGACGAGCGCGGCGAGGUGCACGUCCCGCGCUUCUUCCAGGAGCGGAACGGCCGCUGGGAGCCCAAGCUGCAGCUGCCCUCGGAUCCGCAAGAAGCCAUACAAGCAGUGGAGAAGUUCAUCUGGCCGACGCUCCCGCCGUCGUACGUGUCCUGA